CAACAACAACAUUCAAAUAUGCCAAUUUGUCUUGAUAAUAGUGGUCGAAAUAAUCAUGGUUUAUCAUCAUUGAAUCAAUCGCCACCAAUAACAUCGAAUCAACAACAAUUAUUAUAUCCAUUAUCAACAUCAACUACACCACCACCACCACCUACACAAAUACCCCCAUCUCAUACACCAAAUUCACAUCAAACAUCAUCACCAGUAUCCAUUCAUCAAUAUGGUAAUAAUGCUAGUGGUCAACCACCUUAUCCACGAUUUCCACCUUAUGAUCGUCUUACCGAACAACAACAACAAUCGCAACAACUAAACAAACAUCUACCUGAUCAAUCUACCAUUGUUUCAAAUCCAAAUUCAAAUAGUCAAUCAAAUGAUUCAACUAGUCCAUCAUUUUAUUCAAAUAAUAAUAAUAAUAAUAAUAAUAAUACUUCAUCAUCAUCGACAACAGCAACAACAUCCAACAAUGUUGUUGUUGUUAACCCUUCAGCAACAGCACCAACUUCCUGUUCAAAUAGUCAACAACAACAAAUUCCAUCAUUAGCUUCUACUGCACCACCACCAUAUGAUUGUAGUGGUGGUGGUGGUGGUGGUCGUAUUUCAAUAACACCACCAUCAUUAGAUGGUAAUGGUUCAAAUGGUGGUGGUUUUGGUAGCUGUAAAAUAUUAAGUGACGGUAGUAUUACACCAUUAGAUCAACAAAAUAAUCAAUCACCAUCACCAAAUUCAUCAUUACAUCAUCAUCAACAACAACAACAACAAUUAUAUGGAAUUGAUAAUAAUAUUGGUUCAAUUGGACAUUUAGGUGGUCCACCUGUUUCACCUGGACAACAAUCACAACAAUCUGAAGUACCAUCAUUAGUUUAUCCAUGGAUGCGAUCACAAUUUGAAAGAAAACGUGGACGACAAACAUAUACCAGAUAUCAAACAUUAGAAUUGGAAAAAGAAUUUCAUUUUAAUCGUUAUUUAACUCGAAGACGACGUAUUGAAAUUGCACAUUCAUUAUGUCUGACUGAACGACAGAUAAAAAUUUGGUUUCAAAAUCGCCGAAUGAAAUGGAAAAAAGAAAAUAAAACGAAAAUUGAUCAUCAAAAUCAACAAGGAAUACCGAUUGGUACUGGUGGUGGACCACCAGGUUCAAAUAAUGGUGGUAAUGGUGGAUCUUGUAUGGAUUUAAAUCAUCAUAUUGAUAUCGAUGGACAUCGAGGCUAAACUAACUUCAUCAUAAAAAAAAUCACUAAACAAACAAACAAACAAACAUCACUCAGGUCAGGAACAAAAC